UUUUGCUUCUUUCUCCCAAAAUAUCUUCGCGACAAACGAAACGAACCCCAUUGGAGAAGAGAAAGAUCAGUGUAGAGCAAUCGGGAAAUUUAUCUGAAAGAGGAAAUUGAGAUCGAGUUUAAGUUUGGAGGAAAAAGAUGGAAGGUGGAGUAGAAGAAGUGAGCAUCGAAGAGUUAGCUUCGAAUCUCUCUACGUACAAAGAACAGCUCGACCAGGUUAGGCAGCUUUUGUCAGAGGACCCUCGAAACGCGGAGUAUGCAGACAUGGAAAAGGAGCUUAAAGAGGUGAUUGCGUUGACGGAGACUCUUCUUACAACUGCGAAGCAAAAUGAGAUUUCUCUGUCAGAUGCUGGAGUUAGUGCUCGAGAAGCUGCUGGAUCACCCGAUCUAGAGGGUGCUUGGGAAAAAAUGGAGUCAAGGAAUGACCCAAUCCAUGAGGGUAAGUUCCCCGUUGGAACAAAAGUUCAAGCUGUCUUUAGUGACGAUGGCGAGUGGUAUGAUGCGACCAUCGAGGCACAUACUGUAAAUGGCUAUUUUGUUGCUUAUGAUGAGUGGGGAAACAAGGAAGAGGUUGAUCCAGAUAAUGUGAGGCCAAUUGAGCAAAAUGCUCUCUUGGAAGCUGAGAGAUUAGCUGAAGCUACCAAAAAUGCUCUCAAAAGAAAGAUAGAGCAGGCUGCGAGUUCUGACUUUCAAACUAAAACUGUACCAGCAAAGCUUAAAAUUGAUCCUAAUGAUCCAGAGGAUGUGAAAAUAGCAAAGCGUAAGAAGAUACAUGCAUUCAAGUCAAAGGCGAGGCAAGAGCAACUCGAGGUUGUACAGAACAAGAAACAAAAUGCUUGGCAACAGUUUCAGACAACGAAAGCCAAAACUAAAAAGGUAGGGUUCUUCACAGGGAGGAAGAAAGAGAGUAUAUUCAAAUCACCAGAAGAUCCAUUUGGAAAAGUGGGUGUGACUGGGAGUGGGAAAGGAUUGACAGAUUUCCAAAAGCGAGAGAAGCAUCUUCAUCUCAAGUCUGGUAAUGGUGAGGGCACUGAUGAAUGAGAGAUUUUAUGUUUUUUGUUUGUAAGAAUUAUAAGGUACUUCAAAUCUCUCUUUUUCUGUCUCCGGUAAAACCUCUAGAAACAAAACAAAAGGACUUAAACCCACCCGGGUAUUACCUGUGGAUUUCUGCUCUUUUGUAAGUUGAAUCAAAGAUUAGUUUUAUCUUUCGACCUCUGAUGUUUUGACUAUGAUCAAUAGAGCCGACUAAUACGGCAUUUACCCAA